AGACUAGAAUUCCAAGUCGAAUUGUUCGUGCGUCGUCCUGUCAAAUGAUGUUCCUCAAACGAUGCUCAAAAACUCAUCCUCUCUCUCUCUCUCUCCCCCAUUCCAUCGGGGAUCACAAAGGGGGAAAGAAAACGUGGAACGUAGAAGCAAAAGCAUGAAACGAAAUUUGAAAUGAUCCUCUGUUCUCUACAGUCACCUGCAUUUUCCAAAAAUAGCCGGCCGAAGGACGGCCUCUGCAGAUUGAUUUCUAUACCUCUUCACUGUGAAAACCCACCAAAAAUAAUCCAUAAACAGCCCGCCAGACAGAGACAACCGAUGGGCUGUGUUCAGACCAAGCCAUCCGAGAACUCGCCCCCCAAAGGCCUGGAGAAGCUGAAGCAGCUCAAUGGGUACGUCCCGAGCAGCGGAGGAGGAGGGAACGCGAACGACCGGAGGUCGACCAGCCAGGGAUAUGCACAGCAAAGCCAGGGCGGGCCGUGCAGCCCCGAGUUGAGGAACAACCACAGCGGGCGCUUAUCAGGUGGUGUCGGGAGUGAUGGCCGAGGCGGCGGCGGGGGUGGCAGUGGCAGCGGAGAUGUGAAGUUUGGGAGUGGGAGUGGGAGUGGGAGUGGUGGGGCCAAAGGUAAGUUGGAGAAGGAUGGUGCAUCGAGGAGGGAGGGUGGAUGGUCAGGAGAUGAUCAAGUUCAGCUUGUGGAUGGUUGGCCCAAAUGGCUCACCGAUAAUGUUCCAAAACAUGUGUUGAGAGGUUUGGUACCGAAGAGCGCCGACUCCUAUGACAAGAUCGAUAAGGUAGGCCAGGGGACUUACAGUAAUGUCUACAAAGCAUGGGACAGAGACACCGGAAAACUUGUUGCCCUGAAGAAGGUUCGGUUCGACACAUCGGAACCAGAGAGCAUAAAAUUCAUGGCACGGGAAAUUAUGACCCUGCGAGAGUUGGACCACCCCAAUGUGGUAAAGCUGGAGGGGCUGGCAACAUCAAGAAUGCAGUUCAGCCUUUAUCUAGUCUUUGAAUUCAUGCAGUCAGACUUGCAGAGGAUUAUCACCCGUCCAGAGGGACGACUAACUGAACCGCAGGUGAAGUGCUAUAUGCAUCAGCUUCUUUUGGGGCUGCAACACUGCCACGACAAAGGAAUUCUGCACCGCGACAUAAAGGGAUCGAACCUACUGAUAGACAAAACAGGCACGCUAAAGAUUGCAGAUUUUGGGCUUGCAAAUUAUUACAGACCUCGAGAUAGGCUUCCUCUAACAAACCGGGUGGUGACCCUCUGGUAUAGAGCUCCUGAACUACUGUUAGGUGCAACCGAUUAUGGAGUCGGUAUUGAUCUUUGGAGUGCCGGAUGCCUCCUGGCUGAAAUGUUCGCGGGACACCCACUUAUGCCUGGCCGGAAUGAGGUAGAGCAACUCCACAAGAUUUUCAAACUCUGCGGCACGCCACCAGAGGAUUACUGGAGGAAGAUGAAGCUACCCACGACCUUCAGACCGAGACAGUUUUACAAGUCAAAUCUCGUAGAGAUCUUCAGGGAAUUCCCCGAUUCUUCUGUCAGUCUUCUUAGUUCUCUUCUCGCUUUGGACCCUGCAUCUCGUGGCAGCGCGUCUUUAGCCUUGCAACAUGAAUUCUUCUACACAAGCCCGUUAGCGUGCGGCCUUUCUGGUCUUCCAAUAAUCCACCACGAGGAGGAAGAAUUUAUUAAGACCAACGAACAGAAAAUGCGCCGGAAGGCUAAAAGACGGGCUCGAUCACAGCGUGAACGGAGGAGGAAAGACACUCUUGCUGAGAAUCAAACUGGAAAUGGCGAAUCAACCAAAGAGAAGCAGGAGCAGGAGCAUCAGGUACAAACUGAUAACCAAAAGCCAGAACUCAGGAGCAGCUGGAGUAGCAGCUCGUCCGGGCUAAAGGGCACCCAACCUGAGCAAAGCGAACCACCUGUCUUGCUUUCUUCAGGGCCCAUCAUACAGUCUUUCAAAGAGUUGUCUCCAGAAAUAAGCACGAGCCCCGAUGCUGGCAAAAACCGAGACCUUCCGCCACUGCCCGUACUGAAACCAUGUGUUGCGGAUUACAGAAGAGAGAAAGAUGGCAUGUACAGGUUGAAUCAGGUCAGUAGGUCUGCUUCCACGAGAGAAUUCAGAAGUUUGAACAAUCAAAGGAAACGCUUGGGACGGUUUGCCGUCGAGGAUUAGGAAUGCCUUAAAAGGUACUCGAUGAGAUUCUUUUCUUGCUGUAGUAUUGGUCCAUUCUUGCUUCUUGUAAGUGAAUUUGUCAACCAUUGAAGAAAUAUAUAUGAAAUCGAAACUCAGUUGCAUA